AUGGAGGAAGGGAAAGGAGGAGUAAGGGGGGUAUGGAACAGGGGGGGAGGGCGGAAGGGGGAGGAUGGAAGAGGGGUCGGCUACAAGUACCGUUUUUUCGGGGCCGAUGCUGACGUGGCGGCGCGCGUGCUCGGCAUCUACUGCCACGUGGACAGGGCGUUUCUGACGGCAUCGAUCCCCACGUUCCGCCUGCACGUGCACGUGAGGCGGCUGGUGGAGGCGGGCUUUAAGGUGGGCGUGGUGCGGCAGAGCGAGACGGCGGCAAUUAAAGCCCACGGGAGCAACAAGGCUGGCCCGUUCGAACGGCAUUUGUCGGCUUUAUACACGCGGGCAACGCUGGAAGCUGGGGAGGAUCUGGGAGGGGAAGGGGGAGUGGGUGAAGGGGCUGGGAUUGGGGGAGGGGGAGGGGGGAUGGGGGGAAGGUUGAGUAGUUACUUGGUUUGUAUAGCAGAGGAGAGUGUUGGGGAGGGAGGGAAGGGGAAGAGGGAAGCAGGGAAGGGAGGUGCUGGUGGUAGCACUGCUGCUGCUGCUUCCUCUCCUGGCCCAUCCCCACCAGCCAUGGAUCUGGACUCGUCUCAGGGCUGGGAAGCAGGUUUGGGAGCAGGCUUGGGUAGAGGCUCUGGUGCAGGCUCGGAAGCAGGUUCGGAGGGUGACGUAAGGAUAGGGCUGGUGGCAGUGGAGACGUCAACAGGGGACGUGGCACAGGGGUGCUUCACUGAUGGCGUGCUACGAGGAGAACUUGAGACCCACCUUGCCCACUUUGCCCCCACUGAGAUUGUGCUUACUGGACCCAUAACGUCAGCCACUCACAAGCUCCUGUCGUACCUCACAUGCCGGGACCCCGCACCAAGAAUCACCACGGCAGGGGCAGAUGGGACUGCUGGUGCUGCAGUUGGUGGGGGAGGCUCUGGGAAGGCUGGGGACAGUGGUGGUGGAAGCAGCAGCAAAGGCAGCGGCAGCAGCAUGUGUGGGGUGCGUGCAGCUCUUGCAGAGUUCUUUGCUAUGAUGCCAAACGGAGCUGCUUGUACUGAGGACGCAGGCAAGGGGCAUGAGAAUAAAAAUGGAGAGAGGAAGGAGGAGAGGGAUGAGCAGCAGGAGCCUGAGCGUCAGCAGGAUGAGCAGCAGCAGGAGGUAGACCCAGCAGUGGAGGCGGUGCUCUCCAUGCCACCGGUGCUGCUCAGAGCGCUGGCUGCUGCUGUGGACUAUCUGAGGGAGUUCAACCUGCACCACGUGCUCGCUCUGGGCGGAGGCUUUCGUCCUCUCUGCACCGCCCACCAGAUGACUCUCUCCUCCAAUGCUCUCGAGCAGCUCGAGAUCAUGCACAACAGUGCGGACGGCAGCACACGCGGAUCCCUCCUCUGGCUGCUCAACCACACGCUCACAGCCAUGGGGGGGCGCCUCAUGCGCCACUGGGUCACCCACCCCCUCACCCACCUGCCCCAUAUCACCCUCCGCCAAGAGGCCUUCGUCCGAGUGCUCUCAGCCCUGGCGUCUGCAGCACAGCAGCUUCGCUCCCUCCUCCCCGACCCACCUCAUUCCACCCCAGCCACUGCUGCUGCUACUGACACCGACCGCGACAGCAGCAGCAGCGCUCCUAAGGUGCAGUCGGCGCUGCUGCAGCGGCUGCUGCGCGCAGCAGCAUCGCCAGCCGUGGUGCGCCACGCCCGGCGCAUGCUGAGUGCCGUGGACGCUGACGCUGCUGCCCGGGGAGACAAGGUGAACCUCAUUGUAUGCGCGGCCCCAUCCCACCACAGACAGCAACAGCAACAUGACAGUGAUCGCCGCAUUCGAGACGCCCUGGACGAAGACGAAACAGCAGAACCUUCCCUACAGUUUCCGGAGCUCUGGGCGUGCCGGGAAGCCGUGCGGGAGGCAGAGGGGCACCUGAACUCGCUCCUCCCGGCCAUCCGGUCCCAACUGCGCCUCCCCUCCCUCUCCUUCUUCUCCGUUUCCGGUGCCACUCAUCUCAUAGAGGUCCCCUCGGCUCUCAGAGUCCCUUCUGAUUGGCUCAAACACAGCGCCGUGAAGGCCGGUAAGUCCGGAGGCGUUACGCGUUACCACCCGCCAGCUGUCCUCGCGGGAUUGGACAGGCUGGCGUUGGCGAAGGAAGCUGCAGCGGCAGCAGCAGGGAGGGCGUGGCAGGAGUUGUUGGAAGGGUUUAGGGCGGAGGGAGGGGGCCAUGUGGAGCUAAGGCAAGCUGUAAAGGCACUAGCUGAGCUGGACUGCUUGUGUGCGCUUGCUGCUGUUUCUUCUUCUAAGGGGUACGUUCGGCCGGAGUUUUUCCCAGAAGAUGGGCCCCAGAAUGUGCUUAUAACGAAUGGGAGGCACCCCGUGCUGGAUGUGACUAUGGGGAGCGAGUUUGUGCCGAAUGACACCAUGCUGAUGUCAGCAGGGGAAAGGUGCCACGUCAUCACUGGUCCCAACAUGGGCGGCAAGAGCUGUUACAUCCGCCAGGUGGCUCUGAUAUGCAUCAUGGCUCAGAUUGGGUGUUACGUGCCUGCUGACUCAGCGCGCCUCCAUGUCUUGGAUGCGGUUCUGACGCGCAUGGGAGCGGCUAAUGACAACCUGGCACGCCGCACAUCGACGUUUCUGGAGGAGCUGGGGGAAGCUUCUGGGAUCCUGCGUCGGGCAACGAGUCGGUCGCUGGUGAUAGUGGAUGAGCUGGGUCGAGGGACCAGCACCCAUGAUGGCGUCGCCAUCGCGUAUGCCACCCUGCAUUACCUUCUCUCCAAAGUGCGAUGCCUCACACUCUUCGUCACACACUACCCCGAAAUUGCUCAGCUGGAAAAAGAGCUCCCUGGAGCAAUGGGAAGCUUCCACAUGUCCUUCCUCGCCUCCACUCCACCAGUUCCCCCUCCAUCAGCAGCACCAUCAAUUUCUGCAAGCGGACAAAAACAAUUGUCAGAUCCUGCUGCAUCUGGCUCAGCUGAGCAAGGAGAGGCAAAGCCGGACCAGCAGGUCACCUUUUUGUACAAGCUCGUCCGUGGGGUUGCCAGUCGCAGUUUUGGCCUGAAUGUAGCCCGCCUUGCUCAGGUGAUUAUUGCUGACGCGCAAGCAGGUUCAUACAUGGGUUUCUGCUUUGUAGUUGUCCUUUAA